GCCGUGUGGGGAGAAGCCCCUGGCCAGCCACCGUCGGUGAUGGGGCUCCGCCUGCCUCUCAGCGCCCUGCUGCUGCUGCUGGCCACCCUGCUGUCGGCCGCGCGCACCCAGCACGACACCGACCAGUCGCAGCCGCCGCCCGAGAAACGCCAGCGCGAGCGCAACCAGUUCGUGCCGUACAACUCGUAUGCGCCGCGCGAGCCCAGCUGCGAGCAGCUGAGAGCCAUGUGGAAGCUCUCCAAGCGACAGCACCGGAACGCAGUGCGCACAAACGCCGUGCCCCGCUACCAGGAGCCGUACCUGCUGGGCCGCGUGCACGACACGCUGCGCCACAACCCGCUGUACGGCGCGCCGCGCCACCGGCCGCAGCCCACCUUCGGCACCGUGGUCAACGGGCCGGGCGAGCACCAGCGUCAGUUCGCCACGCCGGCGCUCACUGAGCUGGUGCAGAGCCGGCCGGCCGGCCGUCCGGCCGACCACAACCUGCGUGACCUGGUCCGCAUGCUGGAGCGGCCCGAGCUGCCGGCGGCGCCGCCCGAGCCGCAGAGUCUGAGCGGCGCCCGGUACGGCCGCGUGCGGCUCUACCCCCGGCCGCGCUCUGACGCCUCGGCGGCCUGGUGACAAAUUUGGGAGGACCCGUCGCCCGCCGGCCGCUGCCACUCCGACGG